AAUGAAUGAACUUACCCAAAACACAUUCUGUGGUCCAUGAUUCCAAUAUACUUAAUGGAGCUGUAUUUUGUUUAUUCAGAGUACACUCCAUUUAUGUGAAAUCUAUGGGACAUUCUUGAAAAAUGUAGACAGUUAAAGAUCACAUUUUUGGUCAGUCUUGAGUUCUUUUGAAUAGUCUUAAGAGAACUGGAAAUACAGCAGUCAAAGCACUGGUGUCAGGUAACAGCAUUGUAAAUAGUACAUUCAUAGUAAGUACAGGCUCACACUCAAUUUUGACUAUGCAUCUUACAAAUUAAGCUUCUGCAAGCUGUUUCUUGAUGAUAAUUUGUUUACCUCCUUAAAGGAGUCGCUACCAAAAUAAUCUUUCAUUCAUAUUGUAUAUGUUCUUUAUCUGUGAGGCAUAGUUGACUUGUUUUGAUAGUUGAUGAUAUCAAAUAAAUGUCAUUUCAGGACAAAUAUUAAAAUUGUUAAUAGGGUGUGGACAUUGAGAAGCCCUUCCAUCCUUAUUUAUCUGCCUGUGCAUUGUACUGUGAUGGAAAAACGGUUGUCAAGUGAAAGUCCAUCUUUUCAACUGUAGAUAUCUUGAGCUGAGACAAACCUCUUAACAAGUUGCAGUUUAAAAAGAAAUUUUUGAAACUUCACGGUACCUACUUAUCUAGGUUCAUUAGGGUGUUAAACAGGUUCUGGAAUUCACCUCCAAAUUUUGGCGAAAGAGGGCUAUGUACACUUCCACAGAAUGUGGAGGUUUUGAUCUGAUUAGGCCUCUAAAGAGUAUCUGUUUUGACCAGGAGCAUCCCAGUUCUGUCUGGGUUAAUUUUGAACUUGCAGCGUUUCCUUUAAGAGCUAAGAUCUACAGACAGCCUGAUGAUGUGUAUAAUGAUUGUGUUAGCAGAAUUAGUAAGGCAGACUAAUUAAUCAUGGAUAUUAAAAUUUUAUGUCAUUUCUGCUUGUUGAUUUUGAUUGGAAGCAACCUUUAUGAAACAUUUAUUUAGUCAAUAAAUAAAAGUACCAGAUGUGUUUGUGCAAAUAUUCCCUCUCUUUUUAUAUUUUACAGUGAUUUGAGAGAAGGAGCUUGCAGGGUUAGAGAGCUAGGUAAAGCCUCCAGUAGUAUAAUGUCUUUGUUAGGAUGUCGUGAUGCCACUGGAGACACCACAGCAAUCCUGUGAACAGAGGUACCUUUUACAUAAUGCAGUGUAAAGAGAACAGCAGGGUUUCUAGUCUAUCCUACUCUUCUCUUUCAAUUAUUAUUUUUAUAAUGCAGCUUAUUGUUAGUCUGUCCCAUCCUCUGGUUGAAGAUGGACUGUGAAAGCAUCAUAGUCAGUGUUGCUAUGCAUUUUUUUCUGUGCAGGAAAGGAAAUUGAUAAUUAGCAGUAAACGCACAGUAUAGUAUACGGAGUUAAAUACAUGCGUAUCAGAUUUGUCUGUUUUCUCUGGUUAGAAAACUCAGUUUUCUCAUUGCACAGGAAAUGCUAGAACUGAACAGAUCGUCUUUACGGUGCCUGUCAUUGUGCAUAGCAGGGUCUGAUCCGCUUUUGCAGCUGAAGGUGAUAGACUGGGAGCUUGGUUGGGAGCAGGAGUCCGGGUGUUGCACAGCGCACACGGCCAAUGGGAACAUGCAUUUCAGGACGUGCUUCUGCAGAUGGCCUAUUGCGAUGGACGGGGUGGAACAGCGGCCACCCAAAUUCACCCAGCAAAUGACAUUUUGCUGCAAAAGCGUGGCGGAGCCAAUCACACACUGCACCACGCAGCCAAUGGACGCCGGUCUCUUACCCAGCCACUGGCAGGGGCUCUGUGACUGUAGGACCUUGGUACAGCUCUGCAAACUGCAUUCCUGCAGAGGCAGCCCUGUCAGAGUUUGUUUCUCAGCGCAAUAGUCAUCCUUGCUGUGAUUCAUUGCCCAGUAAUAGCAAUGCCAUUGUAAAUUAGCAGUGUAAAGCCGGGGAGUGACGUGCCCUGCCUGCCACGUGAUCUGCAGCUGGUGGGGAGAGUGCCUAAGUAAUUUGGGUCUUGUUUCCCAUUUAGCACUGCCACGGCUGCCUACCCAGCAGACCUGCUUACAAGAGCCAGAGGGAUGGUGGUAGUUACGGGGCAGAACAAAGUGAGUGGAAACCCGGAUGAUGCCAUGUCGAGCUCAGAUGCAGAGGAUGAUUUCCAAGAGCCAGCCACUCCUACUGCAACCCAGGCAGGACAAGCACUACCUCUGCUGCCUCAGCAGUUUCCAGAAGUUGUUCCACUAAACGUAGGAGGCAUGUAUUUUACGACAAGACUGUCAACACUGAGACGUUAUGAGGACACGAUGUUGGCAGCUAUGUUCAGUGGAAGACACUAUAUUCCAACAGAUGCUGAAGGCAGAUACUUUAUUGACAGAGAUGGAACCUACUUUGGAGACAUACUUAACUUUCUACGAUCUGGUGACCUGCCACCAAGAGAACGAGUGAGGUCAGUUUACAAGGAAGCUCAGUAUUAUUCCAUAGGACCAUUGCUAGACAAUCUAGAGGAUAUCCAGCCUCUUAAAGGAGAAAAAGUUAGACAAGCUUUCCUGGGCCUAAUGCCAUAUUACAAAGAUCAUUUGGAACGGAUAAUUGAAAUAGCAAAGCUUAGAGCUAUGCAAAGAAAAGCAAGAUUUGCAAAAUUGAAGGUCUGUGUCUUCAAAGAAGAGAUGCCCAUCACUCCCUAUGAAUGCCCACAUUUCAAUUCUUUACGUUUUGAAAGGAGUGAAAGUGAGACAAAGCUAUUUGAACAUCAUUGCGAAGUAGAUGUAUCUUUUGGCCCCUGGGAGGCUGUGGCUGAUGUAUAUGAUCUUCUGCACUGUAUUGUGACAGACCUGUCUGAUAGAGGGAUAACUGUGGAUCAUCAGUGUAUUGGUGUGUGUGAUAAACACCUGAUAAAUCACUAUUACUGCAAGCGUCCUAUCUAUGAAUUCAAGAUUACUUGGUGAAACAGAAGAGUUGUGCAGGCGGAUGUCAGGGGAGUAUAAUCUAAUAACUGGUUUAUAUAACAUUAUUGACUUAAUCUUUUCUUGGCGUAUAGCGUAAUUUUUGAAAUUCUGCAUUUGCAACAAAAAUGUGAGUAGCUGAUCUACUAAAUCCAUGUUUAAGAUGAUUGAUGUUUUUGUAUAUCAUGAAUGCUUUAUAAUUGUCUAAUUAAACUACAUGCCUAUGUAAUAUGCUUUUUUUUCUUUAGGACUUUUCUUUUUAUCUGGCUAGGGCAGAGGUUUGCUAGAAUGUAUUUACCUAUUUCUCUGUGCUUCUCCUACUUAGUUUUUUUGCCACUUUAUCAUCUACAUAGCUACUUUUCCACCCCCACACUCCCAAAUACCCUGUGUUUCCAAGCUGACACCGUAGACAAAUUGGCCAUGCAGUAAGCGGUCUCAUGUCAUCAAUAUAAUGUUGCUAUGAAUAUCAUGUUUACAGAUCAUUAAAAGGACAAUGCAUGUCAGUCCAUUUAGCUCACUCAAUUUGAAGGAAAGACAUUUUUUUUAUUUCGUGUUCUGAGACAGGAUACAUGCCAUUUUUGGAUUUUUUUUCCCCUAAAUAAGAAGUCUCAAAUAUUUUCAAAGCACAGGUUGCAUAUCUGGAUUGCAGUGAUUACUCUGUUUCUUAUGAAUACUGGGGGUAAUGGUGGGACAGUUGAGGAAUAAUUAUUUAAAAUUAGAAUUUUUAGCUACUUUUUUUAGGUUGCUGUGUGUCUGAACAAAAACAUAACAAGACUAAUCUUUUUAACAUCCCUUCUAUAGGUGCAUUGUCUAGUGGUUUUUAACAGGGAGCAAAGGCAGGUCUUACUAUCAGGUUUCAUAUUACGUGACUUGGCCAAUUUCACAACACAUUAAAUGUUUCUGCAUCUGUUUUACACUUGUAAAAUAGGAAGGAUACCUACUCUUCUUUAUAAAACACUCAAAAAUUACACGAAAAGAUACUUAUGUGCAGCAUCCACUUAAUGACUGUUGCUUUUAAGAGUUUAAAAAAAAACAUUAACAUAACUUUUCAACUUGGUGCAGCCUUCUUAACUUGAAUACCACAGUACUCUACGUAAUAAUCUGAAAUACUCAUUGCUGAACUUCCAUCCUCGGAGGAAAGUGAAGGUGCUGGCAUCUUUGAUCUGGGAAGCCUUUGAGCCAUUAGCAGAUUCUCUUUCGUCCUCAUGAUGCAUGUUUUCUUCUGAGGCUGCUGGAUUUUUUUUUUUUUUUUUUUUUUUUUUUUUUAAAGCUGAUUUUUAACCAAAACCUAUAAUGAGGGAUCACUUUCUGCAUUUAUGAGGGUGUGGGUUCUUUGGUUUGUUUUGGGGGUUUCCAGGUCUUGGUUAUCCGAAUAGCAAAAGGAGUAAGUUAUUGCAGCAGAAAGUUCUGCCUACCCCCCUUUUGAUGGAAUUUUUUUAAGUUUUAGGAAGUCUGCCUGGGAGACACUUCAUGAUGUAAUAUAUGCAAAUACCUGAAUUUGUUAAUGUGGAUAUUUUUGAGGUUUUGUUCUUGCUGUUAAGUCGUGUAAUACUCUUUCCUGAAACUAGCAUGAGAGUUAAGGGUUGAGUUAAACAUUGGUUUUCUGAUAAGCGUGCUUAUGCCUUAGAUAUCGCCUGCCCCCAUUUUGUAAAAUCACUCAUCUUAGAGGUGUUCAGUGUAUGAAAAAGUAAAGGCUAUUAUAGUUACAGGAAAAUCAAGAAUCUUCCUUGAUUCUCAACAAUGAGUCCAUUAAGAGAAUGAGUACUUGCUGAUCCAACUGCAGUCUCCAUUUUUCUGCUCCGCUUAGAUGGCUAUGGCUUCAGCAGUGAAACAAAGUAGUCACAGGGUUGGGUCUGGCUAACACAAGUCCUUGAAGGCAAAAGUCAAAGACUACUGUCAUAUGAGAAAUGUACUGAUUUGCAUAAGCACAUCAUCUGGCCUUCACUGAAGUGAUUGUUAAAAUUCCAGCAAACUAUGAAGGAUGUUGAUAUUUUAAACUGUUCUAAACGAUAGCGUUGUUAAACCCUAAUCUGCUUUGAGCCAGAUGGUUUCAAUGUAUGUAUUGUGAAAGCAGAGAGGUUGGCCAUUUCUUUUAUUUAUAGUUCUCUAUAUCUGUGUUUUCCUAGUGAAAUCUGAAGCUGAGUGAGGUUGCUGAUCACUGCCCCCCAGAACUGAAUACAGCCUGUUUCAAAUGUAUCCUGUGCAUUGAGCAUGUGCUUUUUUUUGCAAAUAUGAAAGUGGGAGGGAAUUAGUUCUGCGGUGUAUUUCCCCAGGGACAGUCCUCGCUAGCUCUGAAGGAAGACUUUGGUGAGAACUUGAUCCACACUCCCCCACAUCUCCAUUUGUUAGAUGAAGUGUAAGAGGCAUAAGGAGAUGAGGUGUCUAGCCUGACAAGUCACAGUGAGAUGAUGACUCUGACUGCAUUCCCCCUUGGUCCUUGCCCUUUUCUCUAACCUUUAAGAUGUAUAACUCUAUGUGCAGGAAAAGUUUCACUUCUCUCUGCUGCACCCUCAAAUUUGUUGGCAAGGUGGAUACUUAGUCUGGUUUAGACUAAAGGGAUUAUUUUGAUAUUACAAUAUGGUGACUGACAGUUGCUAAAGAAUCAGUGAAAAUCUUAGUACUGGCAAAAAUACCUGAAUAAAUGAAUCAAAAAACCUUAUUUGUAGCAUAAUCACUUUAAUUUCACUCUUCUGCUUUAUUUUUCUCUAGAGACUGUUAAGAAAUGUAAACUCUUACUUCUUUUAAGGGCUUACAUCUGUUUCAUAGUAAUAUGUAUUCAGGCUAAGUCCCUGUAUUUUGGGGUUUGAGGCCUUGUUUAUUGCUUGCUAUGAGCUGAAGGAUAAGUGCAUGAUCUCUCAUCUGUUUUGCUUUUUUUUCUUAAAAAAAAUAGUUGCUGAUAGAAUUAAAGGUCGUGAUUUUCUAGCUUCAUUUGGCAUUUGCAACCCCUGGGAACCUUGCGUCCCAGCUUCAUUCUCACUGCUCAUUCUUGUUUAUAGAUGACCUGGGACAGGUGACAUGAUGAGGAAGAUGAUGGAAGUGCCAACAGGGAAAGUCUCAUGUCAGAACUGAUUGUUUGCUUUGCAGGGUGUUCUUACCAUUUUAUUUCAACUCUUUUGCUGUAUGAGGCAGAGGAACAUUCAUCACCAUUCAUGUGAGGUCAGGCAGAGGAUCCAGUCUGUCUGGUAGCCCAGCUAACCUCACCUGUGUUCAUCCAUUUUCUGUGUAAGUUCAUUGUAUUGUAAUGUAUCAAGUUAAGUGGGUGGGAAUAUCCAGUGGCUGUGGAUUGCACUGGGAAAUACAGCGGUGACAGGUGAGGUGGCGUGGGGUCAGAAUUUCAGCAUUAUUGUUAAGAGAGGUCUGAGGACCUUUAUGCCACAGGUCCUUAUGCAUUGGACCUUUCUUUUCUGCAUGGCAAAGCAGAGUCAUCAAGUUUGGGACACAGCUGCCUGACAGGUAAGAGAAGACUUCAGAGCAAAGAAUGUAGAAAGAUGGUCUCUUAACUCAUCAUAAAUGUCUGGGACAUGAUACUUAUUUCACUGUCUUCAUUUAAUAACUGCUUUACUCUGGAUGAUUUAUAGACCCCACGGGCUUUAAGUAAAAAUUGGUAUUACUGAACCCUGGAGUUGUAUUGAUCUCUUUGGUGAUUUGUAGGUAAACGAUUGUAAAUGUUUUCAGGUUGUUCAGGCACAGCAGAGAGGACCUGGGAUAGUACUGAGUUUUGUGCUAUGGAGACAUCAUUUAACAAAGAAGAAAAACCUCCAGUCUUUCAUUAUCUUCCUGCAAAUAAGCUAGAUUUCAGAGGGUAAUUACGUUCUGCUGCUAUCUUCUGUGUAUAGUCCUCUAACUGGAAAUUGCUUUCCAGAAUAGCAGUUCUUACUCAUUUUACUUAUACAAGCUUAGUGUAAGUUUACCUACACUUUCACUGUGACUUUUAUAAAUGGAUUUUGUUUUGCUGAAUUAUGAAUUGUAUGUGUCUAUGCAUUGUAACCCGUAAUGCCUUUGAAAAUCCAGCCUGGAUGGUAACAAUCAGGGUUUGGAAUUAUCUCCAAAUGUGUUUUAUUUUAAGUAAGUUGAUGUGUGAUGUUUAAUACUGUGGGUACUGUAGUGUGUUAUUUCUUACUACGUUUUGCUUUUCACUUCAGGUAAUGUAUAGUCUAUGUUUUUUAUUUAAAAUACAUAAAAGACAAAUGUGGAUAUAAAGUUUGUGUUGUGCAAUAAAAGUAUAUUACACUGAAA